UCUCGCUCGCAACACUAUUCCACGGUUUCUCCAGCAUCCCUAGCGCAUCUUCCGGUCGUGAGUAUUGCUCCGUGAACUUCCGCGUCCCGAUAAAUUUGAUUGUUAGUUUAGUGUCUCGAAAGUUCUUUGUGAUUUUAUUUGUAACUUAAUUUUAGUUCUGGAUUAAGGAAUGAAAUGAUUCUACGGAAAAUGGUAAAAGAACAAACCAUCUGCGUUUUCAUCAUUAUUGCUUUAGCAGAGUUCGCUAGCAGCCUCUAUUUAUCCCACUCCAGCGUCACCACGGAUCCCGGAAAAAGUUUAGCAAUUUCAUGUAAGGAUAAAGGAGGGCAGCCAGUCAUGUGGAAAGGGCCCAAGGGGAGUCUCAGCGCCAAUACGAAGCCAAAAAUACAAGAUACUUCUAUAGGAAAAUUGCUAAUUUUUAGCCCGACGAGGAUUCAGGAUACGGGCAAUUACACGUGUAGUGUAGUCAAUAACAAGAAUGAUCAUAGUGUGUUUUCCUUAAUAGUCGAAGAUGCUUUGCAGUUUAAAGACACUCCCGAAAUUCAACGUGGUAAAGAAGGUGAUAAUGCCACAUUACGGUGUGAAGUCAAUAGACCGUACAAGAUCAGUUGGCAACUAGAUGAACAUGAAGAUGAAGUAGGUACAAAGUACAUUCCAAUCGGCGACGGACUUCUCAUUAUUAACGUCACUAGAGCAGAUAACCGAAUAUUUGUCUGUGAAGCCCUUAAAUCUUCGACAGGACAAGUAAUCGACAAAAAGAUUCAUUUUGUUGUUGAACAUAAACCUGUACCAAUAACAAUACCACCAGAUCCAGAAACAGGAGAACAACCUUCUCUGUGGGAACAAGACGAAGUAGUUUAUGGAUUUUUGGGGGAAAAUGUUAAUCUUACAUGUGAAGUCGAAGCCGAACCAGCCCCUCGAUUUGAAUGGAAAAGUGCGAAAGGACAGAAUAAAAUAGGACGCUACUUAAAUGUCGGCAGCCACAAAUCACUUUUACAGCUAAAAAUGACUAAAGAAACUCCAGACAAGUACCAGUGCACGGCAAGUAAUAAAUAUGGCAAACUAAAAAAAUUCUUUGAUCUUCAAAUUGGUACAAGGCCAGUUCCACCUGAGUGGAUUGAACUUAAAACUGCUGGAUCUGAUUCUUUGGAGUUGGUAGUAAAUGUUCCAGAACCGGAUGAAGAUACCAUUGCGAAUAACAUGGAACCACAUUGGAUAAAUAUAUUUUACAAAGUGACUGAUUGGCAGAGUGAAGGCUCGACUGAGGAAUGGCAACAACAAGAAUUUAAUAUCACUUUAGAUACUUAUACAUUGACGAAGCUCAAUUCCAGCACAACAUACGACAUCAUGGCCGCAACGAGAAACGUAGCAGGCCUCAGUGCUCUCUCCAACAUCACUUCCUUCAAUACCACUGCCGGUGUUGAGUCCUCCACCGUUCAAUCUAAUACGGCAGCAACAUUUAGUUUAGCAAUUAUUUAUAUAAACCUUUUAGGAAUCCUAAGAUUAGCUUAAAUAUACAUCUAAUGUGCGAGAUAGAAUUUAAUUAAUUAAUUUAAUUUUCAGGAAAGUACGCCAGGCCACAAAUGUUGAGUAUACCAAACAAAAUUUGAUUUGAUUUCUUUACUUCUUCUAAAGGUGUCUAUCUUCUAGAAAUGUUGGCGACCACAUUAACCUAUCUUAUUCUAUUCACAGCAGCUCAGUUAAAUAUAUCAGUUGACGUUAGACCAGUCCACUUCCACAUUUCAAAUGCCUCUAUUCGUUCCAUGGCAUCUUCUGUAAGGCUCCAGUUCUCUACUCCGUAGAGGACACUAAAGACGUAAGACGUAACAUCUAACAAUUCUUAUGCGUAUAUUGGUAUUUAGAAACGUUGCAAAGAAUCUUCCUAAGACUGUUAAAAGAGUUUCUGGCUUUUUCAAUACGAGUUUUUAUUUCGUAGCUAAGAUCCCAAGUAGGUAUCCUUGCAGCCCAAAUAGCAUAUUUUAUCCCCUCUUUCUAACGGUGUAUCGCUUAUCGUAAUUUGGGUCUUUGUGUUGGCGUUUUUACUAAUGCUCAUUACUUUUGUCUUCUUAUAAUUUAGUUUAAUGGUGUAUUUGUUACAUGUUUCUACAACAUCCAUCAUCCUAAGAAGCCACUACGCACUAUCUGCCAGCAGCAUACUAUAUCGUCUGCAUAUCCAAUAUUGUUCAUAAGUUGGCCAAUUCGUCAAAGAUGUGUUUUUAGCUUUUAUUUACACUACUUACAGCUUCAAAAGAUUUCUUUACACUGUUCUUUAAACAACGUGUUUUAACUUUUCUAAUAGUUUUUAUUAUCUCUCUCUAGACACUGAUAGGUAUGCGGCGUAAUCUUUUCGAAAACUAUAAUAUUAUUCUUCAAAAAGCAUUUUAUAGUGGUCAAGUAAUAAAAGCCUCAUUUUACAAUUACGAAGCAUUGGAAUGCCAAAUAUUAAGCGACAUAUAAAAUUCUGAAAAGAAUAUUAUCAUCAUCAAUAUUAUCAUUCGCCAGUUUGAGAUUUUAAUUCAAAAGCUCACUAAUGAAAAUCAAAGGGGGCUCGCCUACAAGUUAUGUCAACACUUCCCCAGUGAAUACAGCAUUCUAGAACACACACCUAAUGAUCAACUAAUUGUAAUUAAUUUAAUUAGAGCAUAAUUAAAACUGCAUUAUGUUAUUAAUUUGGAAUUGUAGGUAAUGUAGGUCUAAUGGCGCCUGAGUUGGGUCGAUAUAUUGCGUUACAAAAUAAUAAUUUCAUUUUUCAAAAUACAUACUUGGUAUUGAUGAUAUAAUGCAUGCGUCCUCAUUUAACGCAAUUUAACUGCGAAUAAAGUUAGUCCUGGAUCCCGCGUACGAAAAAAAAGUUGAUUAAUAGCAAGCUGAAAAUUUGUUAAUAGCUUAACGGUGUCUACUCGGACAAACUUUGAUGUAUGGGAACAUUGGAACAGGGGAAGUUUUAAUUGUGGAACAGGUUAAAAAUUUGGAAACGACCCAUGUAUUUUGUCGGAUAGAACUUCCAAUUGAUUUGUUACCCUUUCAUUAAAUUCUCAUGCAAAAAUUAGACUGGUAUUUAUCACCAACUGGGCAUUUUAAUAAGUCCGACACGUAGAACAUGUCAAAUGUUCUGACAGGAAUUAUGACAGGUGAUAGGUGGCAGUCUGAUUUUUGCAUUAGAGUUUAAUGAACUUCAGAAAAGAGCUCUUAGAAUAAUGUAUAAAAUGAAAUUUAGAGAUUCUUGUAGAGGCAUCUUUAGACAAAACAAUAUUCUUACAAUUCCUGGUCUGUAUAUAUUUUCGUGUAUAAUGUAUUUACAUUGCAAAAUUUAUGAAUUUAAUAAAUUUCAGUUUAACCAUGUUUAUUCAACAAGAUUCAGAGACCAUCACUUUAUGCUUCCACAACAUCGUUCUGUUUUGUUGGAAGGUAGCACACAUUAUGCAGCCAUAAGUUUCUUUAACAAAUUGCCAAUAGAUAUACGAAUGAAUUUACAUCAGCCAAACUUUCGGAGGUGUGUACAUCAAUACAUUUGUGAGCUAGAGCCAUAUUCUAAAAAUAACUUUUAAGUAUGUUUUGUCUUAUUUAUUAAUUUAUAUACUUUUGUAUAUACUUUUUGUAUUUACAAUUUAUAUACUUUUUGUAUAAACUUUGACUUGUCUCAUACAUGUACUUUGUACAAUGUCGCAUGUGAUGAAUAAAUUUGACUUGACUUGACUUGACUUGAAAGGGUAACAAGUCAAUUGGAAGUUCUGUCCGACAAAAUACAUGGGACGUUUUCGUAGUCUGACGUUCCAAAUUUUUAACCUGUUCCACAAUUAAAACUUCCCCUUUUCCAGUGUUCCCGUACAUCAAAGUUUGUCUGACUAGACACCGUUAAGCUAUUAACAAAUUUUCAGCUUGCUAUUAAUCAACUUUUUUUGGUACGCGGGAUCCAGGCCUAACUGUAAUUAAUAUAUAUCAAUUCAGAGCGAACCAGUAAAAAAGUGACAAUUAGCGCCAAAUAAAAAAGAAUGUUGUUCAAUGGAAUAUAAACUCGAUAAAAAAUAUAUAACAUGACAUAUUGUUUUCAUUUAAAAACUGGUCCCAAUAAAAAAUUACUAUUGCACUAAUCCAAGCAUCUACUUGAAACUUGACUGUACAUGUCAAUUAUUCGCCCAAUUUUUACAUAUUGAAGCGAAACAUGGACUUUAUAUCAGCGGAAAAUAAAUAUGCUGUUGGAAAUAAGGAAAGGUCUCAGUAUGAUGUUUGGUCCUCAAAGAGAUGAAGUAACAGGAAAGUGGAGAAUAUUGCUAAUUUAGCCAUAAUACUAAAUUGGGGACUCUGUAUGGUACCGAAAACAUCGUCAGACAUAAAAGCUAACCGGAUAAGAUAAAUAGGUCAUGUGGUAAGGUUAGAGGAAGAGAGAGUGUUAAAGACAGUAUCUUUUAAGAGGUCAGAUGGUGAAGAUCAUCAUCAUCAUCAUAUAUCAUACAUCUCCAAGUGGAGCAAAGGGCAUCUUGCGGUGUUUCAAGUAGCAUGAGGAAUGAUGGUGAGGUUGCUAGUCCCACGCAUCAUCUGUUGAGUUCCGUCCAAUUUUGUUUACUAGUUUUCUCCAUUCUCUUCUGUUUUUUGCUAUCUUUUUUGCAUCGUUCCAUGUUAAAUUAUUUUCUUUGAGUUCUUCCUCUAUUGUUCUUUUCCACGUAUAACAUGGUCUACCCAUUCUUCUGUUGCCUUGAGCAUUGUAAUGCAGAGCUUGUCUAGCAAUAUUUGUUGCUGGUUUUCGUAAGGUGUGUCCUAUCCACUUCCAUUUCCGUUUUUUUAUUGUAUGUUCUAUCCUUUGUUUAUUUGUUAUUCUCCACAAUUCGUCAUUAGUAAUUUUGUUUGGCCAAAAUAUUCUCAGUAUAAUACGUAGGCACCUGUUAAUGAAGGAUUGUAUUUUCUGAAAGAAUUUUUUAUGGUGUUUCCAUGUUUCUGCUCCAUAUAACAGGACAGACUUUACAUUAGUUUCAAAUAAUCGUAACUUUGUUCUUCUGCUGAUGUUUGUCGAGGCCCAUAUCUUGCGCAAAGAGUUGAAAGCGUUUUGUGCGAAGCUUAUUCUUUGUGUUAUGUCCUUUUCUGUGCUUCCUGUUGUGUUUAGCAGACUGCCCAAAUAACAGAAAUCUUUUACUUCUUUUAUUUGUUUCCCUUCCAAAUAUAUAUUGUUUCCGUUCGUUUCCCCAUUUGAUAGUAUUUUCGUUUUUUUUCGGAUUUAUUUUUAAGCCGGUUGUUUUUGCUAUGUUGUUCAAUCUGGUGAUUUUGUUUUGCAUGUGUUGUCUGUUUGAUGUUAUGAGACAUAUGUCGUCAGCGAACUCUAGAUCCUCUAGUUUUGUAAAUGGUGACCAUUGUAUACCUGUUUUUUAUCUUCAGUUUGUUUCAUUAUCCAAUCUAUGACUAUUAUAAACAAUGUCGGUGACAAGACACAGCCCUGUCUUACUCCUUUUUUGAUGCUUAUUUGUUGGGAUAGUUCCCCUUCAUGUUCAACUCUGGCAAAACAUUCGUCGUAGAAAAGCCUUAUUACUCUUAUAUAUUUGUCUGGUAUUCCAUAGAGUUUUAAUAUCCUUCACAUCAUAUUACGAUUUAUUGAAUCAAACGCUUUUUUGAAGUCUACAAAGUUGAUAUAAACUUCCUGAUUCAUUUCUGCUGAUUGUUCCAGGAUGAUUCUUAGGGUAUUUAUAUGGUCAAUACAGGAAUUGUUCGAUCUGAAUCCUAUUUGGUUAAUUCUUAAUUUUUCAUUUAUGGGAUCUUUAAUUCUCUCCAAUAUUAUUCUGGCCAUUAUUUUGGUAGCUACAGUGAGAAGAUUGAUUGGUCUCCAGUUUUCGCAUAGUGUGAGAUUUCCUUUCUUUGGUAGCUUUAUUAUAACUACUUCACCCCAAUCUUUUGGUAUCUUUUCCUCGAUCCAAAUUUUUUUAAAUAGUAAGUAGUACAUAUCCACUGAGAAGUUUAAGUGUGAUUUUAUCAGUUCUGCGGGAAUUCCAUCACCAGCCGCUUUGUCGUUUUUUAAAAGGUUUAUAGCAUACCUUAUUUCGUCCUUCGUAAAUUCGUCGUUUCUUAUGAUUAAUGUUUCGUUUCUCUCAGUGUCUUCCAUCUAUAUUUGUGAUUCAAUUCCUUCUUCAUAGAGUUCUGCGAAGAAUUGUGUCCAUCUUUGGGCAAUUUCUUUUUGACUUGUGAGUGUUUCUCCUUCUUUCCCCAUUAGUUUCGUUCUUUGCUGGCUCUUCCCCCCUUUAAUUUCUUUGGUUAUUGCGUAAAGUGUCCUUGUGUCAUGCAUUAUCGCUGCUUCCUCUGCUUUUUCUGCCAUUUGUUCCAUAUACAGCCUUUUAUCUGUUCUGGCUUGUUUUUUAAUUUCUUUAUUUUUUUCUGUGUAUUUUUCCUGCAUUUCUUUUUGUUUUAUCGGGUUUGUUGUUUUGAUCAAUUCAGUUUUGAUUGCUCUCCUUUCCUUGAUUUUUGUUUUAGUGUCCAGCGUUAUCCAUGGUCGAUCAGCUUUCUCCUUGCACCCUAAUAUCUCUUUCCCUGCUUCCAUGUACGCGUUUUUAUAUAUUUCCCAUAUACCUUCAAUGCUAGAUUUUCCUACUGAUGGUGAAGAUCAAUAGAUGAAAAAGAUGUCAGGAUGAUGUUGCAGCCAAUUUAUAUAGGAUUGAAAUACAACCAUGGGAAAUGGAAGCGCAAGAUCGUAGAAGAUGGUAGGCUAUAGAGAAUGCGGUGAAGACUCACCCCGAGUUGUAAAGCCAGUUAAAAAAAAGAAGAUAUUUUGUCACCCACGUCUCUGAGCCAUACAGGGAAAAGCUUUCCACUAUUGUCUUAAAGGUUUGUUGUUUAGUUUUGUUUGGAAUAUUCACUUAUUCCAGGGAAGAAGGGGUCUUCCUUCAUAUAUCCUUUCUGCAGAUAUAUUUUUAGUAGACUCUUUUCACUGAUCAUUCUUGUGGCAUUAUUUCCAUUUGUUCUUCCUGUUUUAUCCUAACUGCCCUUAUCUUCGAUUUCAGGUCCUCCAUACCUAUAUCAAAUAUCAUAUCCCGCUAAUUGUGACUUCUUAUGUGCUGUACUCUUUUACAUAAACCCUGAAAACUUUUCUUCGUAUUAUUCUCAUCUACGUGGCUAAUUAUUAUAUCGGUUAUAAGAACCCAAGUUUCAGCUCAUGGAGCACUUCAAAUCUUUCUGCUGCUUUGUUAAAUUUGAUUCCUGAUAAUCUACUCAACAACCGAUAGCUGCCAGCUGUGAUUUAAUUCCUCUUUAAUGAAAUGACUGUAGUUUAUCAGCGGAUACCAAAGUCUUUAAAAUUGGACCACUACCAUCUAAUGUGAUAUUUCAGCCGAUAGCAAAUUUUCGCGCCCGCUGCCACUUCAUCCUCUCAUCUUUUCAGUGGUCUUUCCUUUGGUCUUGCGCCCUCUACUUUAUUAUCUAACGCUCUUUUCGGCAAAUUUUCGGUCUCCAUUCUCACUACAUGACCAGCACAUUGAAAUAUCUAAAGUUUAACGAAUUCUGAGAUCGGUGUCUCUUUAAAUACUUGCUAGAAUUCAUGGUUGGAGCCAGAUCUCCAUACUCCGUUUUCGUUAAUCUAUAUGAUCAUAUGUAUGUUCAAACCUACUUACUUACUUACUAGCCAACGCCCACCCUUGGCAUGUUAGCCAUUAGGUGGCGCGCUGAUAGACGAGCCGCUUCUCGUAGGCGAUCUUCAUCCUCCUCGGGUGGGUCUGUUAUCAGGGCUGGGCACACUGGCAGGUGAGCAGCCUCCAUCUGGGGCUGAUUGCAUAGUGGACAGUUGUCAUUUUCGCGGACGCCGAUGCGAUGUAGAUGGGAGGCCAGAUAGUCAUGCCCCGUAGUUGUUCUGAACACGGCUACACUAAUGGGUCUCGGCAAGUUGCGAGGGAUUGGUGACUCUAUUAGGUGGGCCCAAAAUUUUCCAGCACCGGCUUGUAUUUUCUGCUCUUUUAUCUUCGCUUUGAUUCCUCUUCUAAUGGUGGACUUUGCUGAUGUGUACGAUUGGAAGCUAAGGGGCUGUGGAAGAGUAGUGUCUUCUUUUGCAAGUUCAUCCGCCGCUUCAUUCCCUUCAACUCGGCAUGACUAGGGAUCCAUUGUAAAGUAAUCAGCCACCCUUUUUCCAGCAAGUUCGAUAGCUGGACGCGGCAAGAUAUUGUUUUGGCACAGUCGGUAUAUCGAUCAAGAAGGCAACUUUUUGGGGUGUUGGAAAUUCUCAUGAUUUUUAGCAGCUUCGUGUAUAGCAGCAAUUUCGCCGUGGUAGUUGGUGAGAGGGGCCCCCACAGCUAUGGAGCCUUUGGAGAACGUUGAGACAUAUCCUGCUCCUGUUCUUCCCGAGUCCGGCAUCAAGGAGCCAUCGCAGUAGAUGUGGAGCCACUCAUGCGGUGGGUACUUGGUGUGUAUCGUCUCUAGGGCGGCUUUCCUUAGGACAAUGUCUGGCGAUAAGUGCUUCGGGUCGUUAUGGUUUUCAAGACGUAGUUCUGUGUUUGGUAGACAGCGGGCCAGUGUAGUUUGUGCUGGGAAGGGGGCGGCUUCCGACAGGUCCAAACCUACAUGUUCAAACCUACAUUAUAAUUAGAUUCUUUAUUUCAUUUCGGUUUAGAGAUGAUCCCUUACGUAGGUUUCAAUCUCUCCAGACCUCAUCAGAAGGGCUAUAUGAUCAGCUCGGAUCAAAUAGCUACUGUGAUGAGGUCUGGGGAGAUCUAAUCGUACGUAAGGAGAUAAUUGAUCAUCUCUGAACUGAAAUAAAACAUAAAUAUAUUAUUUCUAAUCAAUUCCAAGUACAAAGUUGGUAAUUUUAAAUAAAAACUUUAAAUUAUAAUCAGAACAGUUAUUUUUAUAUUCACUGAGCAGCCUGUAGAAUAAAAACUAACCACAUUUUUAAACAUUGUCUAAUCAUCUAAUGUUGCUGAUCAUUUAAAUACAUAUUAAAAAAAAACUCAGUUGACUAAAUUGUGGUAUCUCAAAUCAUUAUGGACUGGCCUAUAUUCUAAACUUGAAAAGGGGAGAAGAAAAGAAGUGAUAUAAUAUUUUGGAUGUCACAAACAUAAGUUUGUCUUUAAGAUCCCAGGUGGUUUAUCUUUCAACGAAGUAAUAGCUGUGUACAAUAUUUAUCGUGGGUGACAAAGAAAGUCAUCAAUCACCUUUGUUUACAAGUGUAAAUCAUUAUCCUUUAUAAGCAGCUGUGCCAAAAUGUUAGGUAACUUUUAUAAUCGAAUUCUGUUUUUAAGCUAUCAAUUUUAUUUGUUCCACUAAUUUAGACCUUUAUUCGUAUGAAUUCUAAGAUAAAUCUUGAUCUAGAAAUAAGAUCUAGAAUAGAACAGGCCAGAAAAUCCUUUGAGAAAAUUUCAAAUUGGUAUGUCACUCACGAAUAAAACUCUAAAUUUGACAACGUUUAUCAAAUUGCUAAGUUUGGUUGAUUCUUCUCUAUCCAUUUCAAACGAGGAGCCUUAAAACAUCAACUGUAAAUAAAUUAGAGGCCUUUUAAAUGAAUCUACUGGAGAAUCCUUAAGAUUUCAUGAACAUCGCAUACCUCAAACUAAGAAGUGUUGUAUGGAAUGGGCAAUGAAUAAAAACUUUUCAACGCAGUGAAACUUUUCCUUAUCUAGUAUGCUCAUAACCAUAACGAAUUCUUCUUCUUUUUGUGUCGCGCUUGUUUUCAAGCGUUGGCUAUCGUCGUAUUAACAAGCUGAUGAAAUAUUUCUCGAUGUCAGCCAUAUCAAACAAUUCCUCGCCCGUUCGACCUGUCCAUUGUCUAAUGUUACGCAGCCAGGAGAGUUGUUUUUUUCCAACCCAGCAUUUUCCUUCGAUUUUGCCCUGGAUUAUCAACGGGAGUAAGCGAUAUUUAGGUACUUUCAAUAUCAUCAUCAUCAUCAUUCAACCCGGAUCUAUCCACUGCUGGAUAUAGGUCUCCCUCAGUAUUUUCCAUGCAUUUCUGUUUUGUGCUGUUUGAAUUCGUUUUAUGCAGUUUUUGUCGAUCCUUUUUAUGUCAUCAGACCAUCUGGUUGGCGGACGACCUCUACUUCGAUAUGCUUCUUGUCUUGGUUUCCAGUGUAUUAUUCGCUGUGUCCAUCUGUUGUCCGACAUUCUAGCUAUGUGUCUAGCUCAGUUCCACUAUAGGGUCAUAAUUCUUUCUAUGGCAUCCGUCACUCCCGUUCUCCAUCUUAUCUCCCUGUUCGUAAUUCGAUUCCGACGAGAAAUGCCUAACAUUGAGCGUUCCAUGGCUCUUUGGGUAACACAAAUUUUAUUUCUUACUUUCUUGGUUAUUGUUAAAGUUUCUGCACCAUAGGUAAGUACUGGUAACAUACACUGAUCAAAGACUUUUCUUUUGAGACACAUAGGCAGUUCUGACUUAAAGAUAUAGCUCAGCUUGCCGAAUGCCAACCAAGUGAGUCCUAUGCAGCGGCUUAGUUCGCACUAUCCUUCCUAUGCGUAUCUCAUGUCCUAAGUACUUAUAAAAGGUGAUAUAUUCAAUAGGCAUGCCAUUUACUGAAAUCUCUUCGCUUAACAUAGGAUUUGUCAUGAUUUGUGUUUUUGUAUGGUUGAUUUUUAAUCCAACUUGUAAGGCCGAUGCCACAUUAUGCGUUUUGACCGGAUGCGUUUCCGCCGCAUCCGGUAAAAACGCAUAGUGUGACAGAUUGAUCCGGUUGCGUUGAAAACGGAUGCGUUUUCACCGCAUCCGGUCAAAACGCAUAAUGUGGCAUCGGCCUAAGGAGGCUAGGUAUAGUUUCUUCAAUUGCGAUACUGCAUCAUCGAUGCUGUCAGCAAAAAGAACAAUAUUGUCAGCGAAUCUCAAAUGACUAAUUUCUCCGUUGAUAUUAAUUCCUUUUUCACUCAGAUUUGCGUUCUUAAACAUAUGUUCUAAGAAUGUUCUAAACAAUUUUGGCGAAAUUGUGUCUCCCUGUCGCACUCCCCGUUUUAUGUUAAAUGCGUUGGUCUUUUUAUCUACCAGUCGUGCCAGUUUCACGCUUGCUGUCGCAUUUUGAUAGAUGUAUUUAAUCAUGUUUAUAUAGCGAUGAUCUAUCUAUACAACACUCUGUUAAGGCUUUUAGCAUUUGUUGAUGACUUAUGGUGUCAAAAGCUUUUUCGUAGUCAACAAAUAUCAGGACUAAUGGCUUGUUAUAUUCAACAAUCUUCUCUAUUAAUUUCUUAAUUACUUGUAAAUGAUCAUUCGUGCUAUAUCCUGCUCUAAAACCUGCUUGCUCUUUUGGCUGAUAAAAAUCCAACUUACUUCCUAGUCUAUUGGUAGUAAGUCUUGUGAAUAGCUUAUAUACUUGUGACAGCAAGCUAAUGGGUCGGUAGUUUCUAAAGUCGUCGAUAUCUCCCUUCUUAUGGAGUAAGACGAUUUCUACGUUGUUCCACUGCGUCGGUGUUAUCGCUUCCCACAGGCAUUUAUUGAAUAAUUUAGCAAGUGCCAGUAAAAGUGUAUUUCCUCCUAGUUUUAUGCUUUCAGUCAUUAUUUUGUCUUCACUUGGGGAUUUAUUGUUCUUCAUCUUUUGAAGCGCAUUUUUAACUUCACCCAUAGUUAUGUUCGGCAUUAACUCUGAGCCUUGAUUCUCUAUUUUUGGUAAAGGGCGUCUUUCACCGGAUUCACUUGUUUCAUUAAGUUGUCUGUAGAAGUCUUCUACUGUUUUCACUAUUUCUUCCUUAUCAGUCACAAUGUCGUCUUGUUUAUUUCUUAACUUAUGUAUGUUCUUUUUUCCUGUGGACAUGUUGUGUCUUAGAACUUUCAAAAUUCUAUUUUCCUCUACCAGCCUUAUCACCUCUUUCAUGUUAUGUUGCCUUAUGUCUUUUCGGAUUUCUUUGUUUACUGCUUUACUGAGUUGAGUAGUUUGUCUUAUAGCUGUCCCUCAGCCUCCUUAUUUCUUCUAUAAGAUUUUUAGUGUUAAGACUUAUUUUUUCAUGUUUUUUCUUCAUUUCAUUAUAUUAUGACCGAAGUACUCCUUCCUCAUUUUUAUGACGUUGAUCAAUUAUCGCUCUUUGUGUAUGGUCUCAUCGUUCGUUGGGUAUGUGUGCUGACCGUUUUAAAAUUGACAACUCGAACGUUUCCAAUUUGCUAAAAUUCAUCAUUUUUGAUAUCCAUAGAACAAAACGAACCAGAUGUAGCACCUCAAUACUCUUAGACGUGUGGUCAAUGACAAACUUCCACUGCACAAUACAUAACACCAGCUAAUAAAGCUUUUUCGUGCAAGUUCUAUUCUGGUCUAAAUUUCCUGAUCACUUUCAACCCUGCAAUCAAUUCAGCUACCUAGAUAUCUAAAGUGUUCCACCCUUUCCAGAAUUUUGUUAUCUAGUUUUAGUUCUGAGUCUUCGAUAUUAAUUUUUUUAACCACUAUCUGUUUUGUUUUGUUUUUUGAGUUGAUUGUUAAGCCCUUUGGAGUAGGUACAUUCAUUGUUUACAGCUUUCAAAAAGGUUUGAACGUCUUCUAGACUCUCUGCCAUUAUGACACUAUCAGAUGCGUAUCUGACGUUAUUAAUGGUUUUACCACCGAUUUUAACGUCUUCGCGACGAAUAUUUAACACUUCCUCAAAAUUUGGUUCGGUGUAGGCAUUGAACAAUGUCGGUGACAUAACACCAUAAUGAAUUCCACACCGUAAAAUAUAGUUUUCUUAUAAUUCGGAAGCCCAGCUUAUAGUCUGUUUGAUAUGUCAUCAAUCAUAAAUUCUUCUUCUUUUUCUUCCAGCUUCCCUAACUGGGUCGCGCCUGUUCCAUCUUCGGAUGCUUCCUCAUAUAUUACCCUUCGGAUGACCAAGGGGGGUAAAUUUGGACCCCAGCGUAUGUUUUUCUUUAAUAUAUUCAAAAGUAUUUUCAAUUUUUAACUCAUAAUUUUUUAUUUGACUUUAAUAUCAUUCUAGAUAUCCUCAUAUUUUGAAAUAAAAAAAUUCCCUAUAUUUUACGCAUAAAAAAUAUAUUCUGAAGUUGAUGUUUAGUAAAAUACCGUCUAUUAUGUGUAAUUCCAAGUAUUUUGACACUGCGCGUUCUCAAAAUCUAUUUUUAGAAUGUGGUGCCUCUUGAUGUACGAAUCAUGACAUUCCUGUCUGCUACAGUUAGUCAGUAUUAUUACAGGCGUAUAUUAUUACAGUUUCUUAGUAUUUUGUCUACAUAUAAUAUCUGAUAUGGCCCGCAAAUAUCUUACUGCGGCUGAGUUACAGGAAAUUGUUACUGCUAGUGAUUUUUAUGAUAAUAUAGAAGAUGAAAUAGUAUCAGAAAACGAGGAUGUAAUGUUAGAUGAAGAUUUAAAUGCAGAAAACAUUCAUUCCAGGUCAUUUUUGACCUGGGGUCAUUUUUUACCCCCGUUGGUCAUCCGUGUAACAAAAAAAGGUUGGUCAUGGGAAGGUCAAAUAGUCAUAAAUUAAAUAGGUUAAAAAUAUUUCAGUCAAUUAUAACAGUUUUAAAUGAAAUCAGGCACAGCUGCUCAGGAAUAAACAAAACCACCCUGGUUAGCAUCAGAAAAGCUGCAUAUUGCAGAAGAGAUGGUAUUUAAUAAAAAUAAAAUUAUUUAGAUUAUAGGAAAUUAAAACAUGGUUUUUAAUAAAUUUAUCACGUCUUAUAUUUAAAAUGUGCUGGAAGUUCUGUGGUAAACUGUCCCAAGAAAUUAACUAAGUAUUUAGUGAGAUAAGGGCGUAACUUACAUUUUGAGGACGCCGUCAAUAUAUUUGAAUCAUCAUCAUCAUGACAUCUACACUCCUAACGGAGUGAGUGUGCCCCUUUUUGGGCCCUUCCGAAUCGUGUGUCGCGAAGAAUCAAUCCGCAUGAACAUGAACAUUUUGGUUUUACAAUUGGUUGCGUGACUUGGCAUCCUCUACAAUUUUUCUCCAUUUGUUCCUGUUUUUGCUUAUGGUUACCCAUUCUCUAACUCCUAACUUCUUAAGGUCCUCGACUAUCUGGUUCUCCCAUCUGGUUUUUGGUCUUCCUCGUGGUCUGCCUGAUACAGGUCUUCAUUAAGUAAUUUUCUUCAUAACUGCUUCUGGAUGUCUCCUUUUGAAGUCUCAUUCAUCAAAGUCUCUGUGCCUUGAUAAGUCAGACGAUGUCUUCUCCUUUCAAAAGUUCUCUUACUUCGUGAUUCUUCAGAUUUCUAAAUUCAUUAUUACCUAAGUUUGGUGGGCCUGUUAUCCUUCGAGUUAUUUUUUUUCUCUAGGAUCCUCAAUAUUUCUUCAUCUUUCUGUGCCAGACACAUUACUUCAGUACCAUACUGGUCUAAUUGCUGCUCUGUAAAUUUUCAGUUUAGUAUUCUAAAUAAGCUUCUUAUCUUUGAGGAAGUAUUUCCAGUAGGUUCUGUUUUCUGUCUGGAUUCUUUCAUUGGUUAGGUACUAUGCUUCUAUCAUUAGUUCCAUUAACUCAUCAUCAUAAUCAUCCAGGAUUUUGCGUCCACUGCUGGACAUAGGCCUCCCUCAUUUUUGUCCAUUGUGCUUUAUUUUGAGCACUUUGCAUCCAAUUUCUAGACAUUUUCUUGAGAUCGUCGGUCCAACGAGUAGGUGGUCUUCCGCUACUUCUUUUGUGUAAUCUCGGCCUCCACUCAAGUAAUCUCUUCGUCCAUCUCCCAUCACUGAUUCGGGCGACGUGUCUUGCCCAGUUCCAUUUCGGAGUGGCAUUUCGGGAAAUUACAUCGGUAACUCCUGUUCUUCGUCUUAAGUCUUCAUUUAUAACUCGGUCACGAAGCGAUAUACUCAGCAUUGACCUUUCCAUUUUACUCUGGGCUAUUUGCAGCAUUUUAGAAGUUGUAGCUGUCAAUGUCAAAAUUUCGGCACUAUAAGUCAUCACAGGCAACACACAUUGGUCAAAUGUUUUACGUUUUAAAGAAAUUGGUAUAUUGCUUUUAAAGAUGUCUUUGAGUUUCCAUAGGCUGCCCAUGCUAAGUUUAUUCUUCUUUGUAGUUCGCAUGUUUGGUUGUCUCUUGUAAUCUUUAUUUCGUAUCCAAGGUAUAUGUAUUUUUCCACAAGCUCUAUUUCGUUGUCUCCAAUAUUGAUAUUUCCGCUUGGUACUAGGUUUGUCAUGAAUUUUGUUUUUGGAGAUGUUUAUUUUAAGACCUACACUGGCACACACUAACUGAAGUUCAUGUAGCAUUGUACAUAUCUCCUUAAGGUUGUCAG